UCGCUGAACAGGUCUCACAUCAUCCUCCGAUCUCUGCUUUUUAUGCUGAAAAUGUUGAAAAACGGAUCAUGUGUUCUGGUCAUAUUUGGACAAAAAGGGGAAGAGUAUGUCUGUACUUUUCCCAGUGCUUACGGCCGCUCUAUACUGACUGUUCCAUGGGUUGAAUUGGGCGGACCCGUCACCAUUCAUUGCCAACAGACUGGCUUUUCUGCUAACAUUGAAUUCCAGACAAAACCCUUCUAUGGCGGCAAAAAGCAUCGAAUUAGUGCCGAAAUGUUUAGCCCUCCGCCGACCAAAAAGUCAAUUUUGACGGUUUCUGGCGAAUGGAAUGGUUUAAUGCAAGCGAAAUGGACUCAAUCGGCCAAAACGGAAGUGUUUGUCGACACGAAAGCCAUUCGUAUAAUCAAGAAACAGGUGAAACCCAUUAGUCAACAGGAAGAAUACGAAUCUCGUAAUCUGUGGAAACAAGUGACCGCAGCCCUCAAGCAACAGGAGGUGAGCGCCGCCACAACCGCUAAGUUUAAUAUCGAACAGAAACAGAGGGAACUCGUCAAAGAGAGACAGGAAAAGGGCACCAAAUGGGAUAAUAGGGUCUUCCAUAGUUUGGGCGAUAACUGGCAUUAUAACAGUCCAUUGACUACAAGGAAAUAAUAGUAAACUUUUGUAAUGAAAGUUAAGUGAAAUGAAUAAUGAAUUAUAUUUCUAUGCAUUCUCUCCGUAAAGUUGACACUCGUUUUGCACUGACUCUUGGGUUUUGUCGAUAAAACUGAAAGUACUGUACAGUACAUGCUAUCAUAUCUAGUAUAAUGUAAAUGUUUGAUAUUUUAAAUACCGUUUUUAAUUUUGUACGUUAAAAAUCUUUAAUACGAAUUUCAAUACUUGGGGACAAAAAAUCAAUUGACCGUAAUAUAAGCCCCACUCAAGACAUAACCAAGUGUUUGGUCAAUGCAUUGCGUUUUUCAAAUUUACAAUUGGGG